AUGAAUGGCGCUCUUGUUCCGCUAGGAGGUACGACGAGGAAGCAUGAGCAAUGGGACGAAUGGCAGCGACAGCAACGUAGAGCACAAAGAAGUUCAGUGGGUGACAUUCCUGCAGGUCGGCGAAACCAUUCCGUCUCAUCAAAUACGACUGUACGAGGACCCGUAGAUUAUCUUCAGCCUGCAGCGUCCCCACCACCAGCACGCUCGCGCAGAUCCACUGACGUCGAGGCACCUGUUCAUCCAGCUGCAAUAUCAGCUUAUUACCUUAGAUCGUCCGAUGACUACCACGAGCGUCAGAGACGGGUUCCAUCUGCAGAACAGUACCACUCGCUAUCGCCAGUGCAAUCAAACCGGCAUCGAGAAGUCGGAAGCUUAAGCGGUAGUUUCAACGCACCAACGCACGUUGAGCUGGAGCGACAUAAGGGCCACAGGAAGAGGGCGAAGGGCAUGCACAAGCUCAGGAGUGUGGUCAAGGCGUGGAUCAAGGCGUGA